UGGUAGAACAUGCAACUCUUGACCUCAGGGUUGUGACUUCAAGCCCUGCAUUGGGCGUGGAGCCUACUAAAUAAACAAAGUGUUACCACAUUUAAUCCUCACAAGGACUUUGCUGAGUCAUGUUCUUAACCCCCUUUCUACAGGUGGAAGCACUGAGCUGAGUGCUGAAACAGAGGCAGAGUGUGGUGCUGGGGGAGCCGCACAGAGGAUCCAGUCCUCCUCUUGCCUCAGUGGCCCAGAGGGCAGGACAAACAGCCUAAUCACUGUGGGGGAAGGGGGGAGAAGGCAUUUCUAAAACCUUGGGGAAAAGGGAGCUGGCACAGGAUGGGAGCCUGCUCCAGACACCUACCUGGCAUCCUGGCUGAAGGGGUCUGGUUAGAGGCUCAUGGAGAAGGGGCAGGAGACAGAAACGAAGAGGUAGAGACAGAGGGAAAGGCGCUAGGGGGAAGAAGGAAAGAAGAUGAUAGAGAAAAUGAGAGAAAAAGUUAAAGGAUGGGCACGGAUUGGCGCAGAAACACAAAAACCUAUCUGCACAAAAAUGUCUGUACUGGCUUUAAUCCUAAUGGCAAAAAACUGGAAACAAUCCAAACAAUAGGUGAGUGGAUCAACAAACUGUGGCACAUCUAGACAAUGGGACCUUUCUCAGCAAUAAGAAGGAAUGAGCCAUUGAUACACACAACAACCUGAGUGAAUCUCAUGCUAAGUGAAAGAAGCCAGACUCAAAAGGCUCCAUGCUCUAUGAUUUGUUGUAUACAAUUCUGGAAAAGGCAGGGGCGGAACACAGAGCAGUGGCUGCCAGGGGCCAGCAUUGACUACAACGGGGCAUAAAGGAAUUUUGGGGGUGAGGGAAAUGAUCUGCCUCCCCAGUGUGGUGGUGGCUCUAUGCGAUUUGUCAGAUUUUUGUCACUUUAAGUGAAUUUUACUAUAAAUCAUAUCUCAAUAAACUUGAUGGAACAAGGAGAGAAGGGAAGAGAGAGGAGGCUGAAGGUGUGGAGGAAAGCAGAGAGGGAAAGGAGAGCAAAGACAGUGAGCACAGGGAAGAGGGCCUUGAGAAGGUAGGGGAGAGCAAGGUUGGUGAGGAUGCCAGGCUUUGGCCAUGGCCGCAGCUCAUAGUUGGGAGUUUUCCCAGGGACAGGGUCCUCUCCCACUUUCAGCCUGCGAGCUCCGUCUGUACUGGUGGGGAGAUGUGGUCUUGGGCCAUCCGUGGGCUACAAGGCUUGAGCCCGAACUCUAGCCCUGCCUUAGGGAGUGCCCAUACUCCAGCCCCAGAUCCUGUUACCAGGAUACUGUGGGGAAGGCAUUUGCUGCCUAGACGACUUGGCAGCUCCCACUGCCAUGGAGACCAGAUUGGAAGCUGGGAGGGCCUCAGUCUGCUUUCCGGCUGCUCUGACCCAGAAAGCUGCUCUGACCCAGCAAGCAGGAGGAAGAGGAGGCCAGGCGUCCUGAACUAGCUGCAGGGACCCCUCUAGGCUGGUGGAGCCCAGCUCCAACGGUGGCCAAGCAAGAACCUAAGCCUGGAUCCACCCACUCAUUCCCAAACACAUAUGCACGUUUCCUGGCAGGGCCCCACCCAGAAUAGAUCUCAGCCCCAGAUCCUUCCUUAGGAAGUUGGAGGUUAGGGGAUCGAAGCCCACACAUCUGUCUACUCUCCCCUGCAGAGGCAUGUUUAUCACAGUGAUGUUUGGAGGUAAGCGGGAUCCCCUGUCCUGAGACAGGUAGGGGGAGAGUACAUUCAGAGGCUUGCUUUCCUCCACCCUAGGGGAGGGUGAGGAGGCAGUGUGAGGAAGGGGGGUGCACUUGGGUAAGGGGAUGGGGGGUUUAGGGAAACAGCUCUAUGAGAAGACAGAGCAAAUGCUUGGAGUCCCUUGAGGGGAAACGCUGGUGGCUGGGUUGUGGGAAAUUCCAGUGGGCUCCUCUAGGAGAACACCCACCACAACACCACAGGGCAUAUUGUUAAAUUACACAGUCUCUAAUUCAGUCAGUUGUCUUCAAGCUUCAGGGCACAUUAGGCACCUAAAGCUCUAGCCACAGUUAAAGAUUUCCGGACUUCUGGUGGCAGGUGGGGCUGGGGUAGGAGAAUAGGGGGGUCUGGUGCUGGAGACAAGUCCUGUGUAGAGGCGGCGCUGGAGUGGGAGGGGGGCACCCAAUGCAGGAGGCAUGAGCUAUGUGCCCUGGUCACUGACAUCUCAGAAGAUGGGUGGAGGAGGGUACAGUCUUAAUCUUGGAGACCUGUUCCCUCGGGUUACAGAAGAGAUGAAAGCAAGACAGAUGGUCCCAGACUGGGAGAAGCAGAGGGUCCCACUCACUCACCUCUGCCCUGUCCCUACAGCUGGCUGCUGGGAGCUGGUGAACACUUGGUGCAGCCUGGUGACACUCACUGCCCACUUGAGGCAGAGGGGGCAGGUGCCCCCAGAUGCGACCAUUGCCCUCCUGGCUGAGGAUGGGCACCUGGUGAGCCUGGAUGAGGGGGCUUCCCAGGCCCCUUCCAUGGGCAGCCCCCUGCUGCAGGAGCGUGGGACCUAUGUCCUUGUGCAGAUCAUCAAGGGGGAGGAUGGGGCCCCCACCCGCUACGAGUCCCUUUUGGAGAACCUGGAUGACCAGUGUCCAGAGCUCGCAGAGGAGCUUCGCUGCCUGUCAGGCCUACAACCCACAAGUGAUGGCCGGAGGAGGCGCACGAGCACUCGGCGUGACCACCAGGAGCAAGGCCCCCUUUCAAAGCCACGAAGGAAGGGCUCCCUGCCAUCCAGGACCCGUUAGCUGGGGCCAGGAGCCAGCAGGCCCUGUGACCUGGCACAUCACAGCCAAGUGGCUGAGCUGGACUCAGAUCCAAGGGGGUUGGACUCAGAUCCAUGACCUCUGCCAUGUGUGAUCAGGCCCAAACAGAUAGCAGCCCAGUGGCAUUCUUCUUGCAGAAUCUGGAAUUACUGAGAAGCUGCCAUCAGCAAGAGGGGCAAGGUCACAGACCGGACGUGAGGCCACCAAGGGGGGGCCCCUAAGACGUGGGUGCAGAGAAGGGGAUCCAAAGGUGUGGGGGCAAGCAACCCUGACAGGGGGAGACAACAGGUUUAUCCAGGGAUUCCAGCACCUAGAGUCAGGUGCCCUUGGGGUCCCUGCUAACGACUCAUCCCUAUUUGGAUUGUCAAGGUCAUCAAAUUACAACAGGGCUCCUCCCCCUCCCGCACCCAGGAUGCUGGCAUAAAGUGAAACAUUCCACCCCUCUGUUGGACAUCCAUCCAUGCCCCCUGACCCCACCCCAGCAGAUAAACUAAAUGAGAGGGCACACAGCAGGCUAUGGUCUAAAAUAAACUCUUUUAAUUGCA